CUGUGACACACACAGAGUCACCGCGAGAGGGAGGGACUUAGGCCAUGAGACAAUGCUCGUGUUUGUGCAACAGCCCCUGAGUGGAGGCUGGCUUGCUCUCGCUUGGCUACCACCGAUGCGCUCAUGGCUGACCGGAGAGGAAAGUGGACAGCUUGAUCGCGGCUGUGAGAUGCACCGGCGCAGGCAGCAGCGGGAGAAAGUUUGUGCAGUGGGUGGAAAAAAAAGCAAGAGGGGCUGGCCUUGAAGAUACAGACCCGGCAUUGGUUUGGGCCGAAACAGAAAAAAAAAGGGCGUCCACUCCUGCUGUGUCAAGAGGGGAAAAAAGCAGUCUACUGGUGUCACGGUAAAAGAGCGCUGUUGCAUUCGUUUGCAAAAGUACAGUAGGUGACCUUCUGGGGCUCAGCGCCAACGUGUGGACAGGAAGAGGAGGAGGACAAAAGGAGCUGUGGGCCAACACAAGCAGGAUGACGGAGAAUAAGAUAAGCCUCCCUGCUAAGCUGAUUAAUGGAGGCGUGGCGGGCCUUGUUGGUGUGACAUGUGUAUUUCCUAUUGAUCUGGCCAAGACCCGCCUACAGAACCAGCAGGGUGCCCAAGUGUACAAAGGAAUGUGGGACUGUCUGGCGAAGACGGUGCGCUCAGAAGGCUAUUUUGGAUGCUACCGAGGUGCAGCAGUCAACCUCACUCUUGUCACACCAGAAAAAGCCAUCAAACUGGCAGCUAAUGAUGCCUUCAGACAAAAACUCUCCAAGAACGGCCAUUUACCCCUGUGGGGGGAGGUUCUGGCAGGGUGCGGGGCUGGCACCUGUCAGGUGGUGGUAACCACGCCCAUGGAGAUGCUUAAAAUCCAACUACAGGAUGCAGGGAGGCUGGCUGCCCAGAGGAAGGUCCCGACAUCAGCUCAGGCUUCUGGUCCUGGUCCAGCUCCAUCAUUGGUGGCCAGCCGGCCAGCCCGGUCCGGUCCUCCCCAACGGACAUCGGCCACCAGCAUCACAGUAGAGCUGCUGAAGACGCGAGGUCUGGCUGGUCUCUACCAGGGAGCAGGGGCUACCUUGAUGAGGGAUGUCCCCUUCUCAAUGAUCUACUUCCCGCUGUUCGCCAACCUGAACUCGCUGGGCAGGGAAAAACACGGAAGCCCGGGUGAAGUGCAGGCCCGAGCGCCUUUCUGGCAGUCCUUUGUGGCAGGUUGCUCCGCAGGCUCAGUGGCAGCUGUGGCCGUCACACCGCUGGAUGUCAUAAAAACACGCCUGCAAACACUGCAAAAAGGUGAAGGGGAGGACAGCUACAGAGGAAUCAUUGACUGCACACGGCGCAUCAUGAGGCGAGAGGGGCCGUCGGCGUUCCUAAAGGGUGCGGCGUGUCGUGCGCUGGUCAUCGCCCCGCUUUUUGGCAUCGCACAGGUCGUCUACUUUCUCGGAGUCGGGGAGACGCUGCUCGGCUUGCUGGGAUAGCAAAACUUGCCGUGUUGGUAUUAUUUUGCUGCCUCAAUCAGCAGAUCCAGGAACACAAAGAGGGUGAGAAGAAGAAGGUGUCCUAGUGGGGACCCUGAAGGCAACAGGGUGGCAUUGGCUUAACAGGGUCCUCCGUGUGGGCUUCAUGUCCUUAAAACCAGCCUCCUUGCUGCAAUGGGAGCUGGUUCUUCAACCCCCAAACAACAUAAUCUGGUCUCGUUAAGGAAAAGGUGUUCAAGCUGCUAGCUAAAACUCCUCAUGAUUAAAUGACAAUCUUGCAUAAUAUUCAUACAGCACUUAUUGAAUGUACAGUGCCUUGCAAAAGUAUUCACCUCCUUUGGCCUUUUAGCUAUUUUCUUACAUUUCAACCUGUUUUUAUCUGAAUAUUAUGAGAUGGAUCCGUACAAAAUAGUCUAAACCGGGGGCGCCCAAACUUUUUCCCAUCAAGGACCAAAGUGAAAAAGUGUUAGUGGCAUGUAACCUAGCCUAAAUGUAAAUAAUGAAGUUCAUUUAAUUAUUUAACUAGUGCAAAUAACAUAGACAGAUUAAUAACUUUUAUUUGGAAACCGCAGCUCACACCUCCUGAUAAGUUUUUUCACACUUUUUAUUUGUAUCAAACAUUUUUUAUUCUAGUUCACGAAAACUUGAAUUUAAUUUGAAUAAUGUUUUGGACGACGAUUUCAUGGGGAAAAAUUUGGUUAAAUACAGUAUUUUUCGGACCAUAAGCCACUAUUUUUUGACCCCCGUCGGCUUAUAAAACGGUGCGGCUAAAUGAUGGCUUUUUUCUUCGCUACCGGUCAUGUUUUGUAUUCAACAAAUUGUUUUCAUAAAACACUCGACAGAGACACUGAAAAGGUGCGUUGUUCUUUGUGCUAUGGCGCCGUCUUUUGGACGACUACGCUCACUGCAGGUGCUGCUGGUUGAAAAUGUAUUUCCUGUUCCGUUCUUUGAACCGGAAGUAUAUUAGGUUUCACUAACUAUUCGUCGAUAGCGUUUCUGCUCGAAAGGAUUCUUCAUUCAUCACUCCAAGCAACGUUUGUAAGAUUUACAAUACAACAAAAACAUUUCAUACUUACUAAACCGUCCCAUGUGUGAUGAGUGUUUUCAAGCACAUUUGUAUGCGCUAUCAGAAUGUAAUCAAGCUAGCGUCGUUUGCAUUAGCAAAUAUGCUAACAUGUUUACAAGUGUGUGUAUUAGUAUUGUUAACUUACAAUGGCAUUUUUUUGGUAUUGUUUCAGUUUCGUAAAUUCGCCAAAACGCUACCGUGGAGUUAUUGGGUCUGUUUAUGACUUCUGUUUUGUUUCAUCAGCCGUUUUACUGCCGUGUGACAGGCACCGUUUAGAAACAAUUAAGGUAUGUAAAACAUUUAAAAAAUAUUUUGUACCGGUAUAUAUCUGCAGUUUAUAUUACGGUGAGGCUAAUAUAUGUAAACAUAUUCAUUUCUUAUAAAAUAUGGUGGGUGUGGCUUAAAUACCGUUGCGAUCUCUAGCCCUGAAAUGACGGCCAUGUUUCCUUUCAAAAUCGCAAAUUUCGAACAUAAAUUUGUGAUGAGUGUUUUCAAGCAUAUUUGUAUGCGCUAUCAGAAUGUAAUCAAGCUAGCGUCGUUUGCAUUAGCAAAUAUGCUAACACGUUUACAAGUGUGUGUAUUAGUAUUGUUAACUUACAAUGGCAUUUUUUUGGUAUUGUUUCAGUUUCGUAAAUUCGCCAAAACGCUACCGUGGAGUUAUUGGGUCUGUUUAUGACUUCUGUUUUGUUUCAUCAGCCGUUUUACUGCCGUGUGACAGGCACCGUUUAGAAACAAUUAAGGUAUGUAAAACAUUUAAAAAAUAUUUUGUACCGGUAUAUAUCUGCAGUUUAUAUUACGGUGAGGCUAAUAUAUGUAAACAUAUUCAUUACUUAUAAAAUAUGGUGGGUGUGGCUUAAAUACCGGUGCGAUCUUUAGCCCUGAAAUGACGGCCAUGUUUCCUUUCAAAAUUGCAAAUUUCGAACAUAAAUUUGCAAACCUUGCCUACACUCCCUCCGGGGAUCAAACCCAGUAUGUCUGCCCUGCAAGUGACGGAAGACAAAAACGAGGUGAAGGGAAAUUUGCUAUUAUAUUUUUAUCACUGACGGAGCAGGAAUGGGCUUGGAAUAAGUCUGUUUCAAAUAUAUGAAGCACCGUGUAAUUAAAUAGAGAUUUUACAUGCGUCUAACGCAAAACGGGGUCCCCUACGGAUUGAGGGGCCCUACGAAGUGUGUGAUUUGCGUAUAAACAGGGGCAGCCCUGGUUAGAUUGCAAAUAGUCAGCCAACAGUAAAUGAAAGAGGUCUGUAUGAACAUGUAUUACAUUUUGAACGCCACCAUUUGGUGGCCAAAGCCCCACUUUGGACACCCCUAAUCUAAACAAGCCAUUUUCAUUCCAGAUUGUGAGGCAACAAAACACAAGUUAAUACUUCUGCCAGGCACUGUAUUUACGCCUGCCCUGUUAUGCAUUCCUCCCACUCCGUCCGUGUGCUCUGAGUUGUAAUCUUGGAUUCCCUGCCUGGAUUGGGAAGUGCGGCCUGGCCUGUCAGUAGGUUGUUUGCUAAUCUGAUGAUAAUGAUUUAAUCCCUGCAUUAGCGUAAAACAUACACACACACGCAGCUCACUUCCGACAUACUGUAAGCCUUGACUUCCUCUUCUUUGAAGCUUGAGAGCUAAAUAAAUUGGACCAAACCCUGACUAAGCACGAAAAUGUACAAAAGCCUUAUCAUUGUUGUAAGUGGAAAACAAACUAAGAGCUGUUUUGAGUAUUAUUUUGGAGUACCAUUUGAAAAAAAAAACACUAAAAGCAUUUUUCUAUACUGCAAAUGCAUUAUUGUAGUUUAUAUAAUUAGACUAUUUCAUUUUACCAAUGUAGAAAAAACCUGUUUGUUUACAACUUGUAAAUAAAGAUACACAAGUUUUCUGUCUCC